AUACCAUUAAAAACACAUUAUUAAAUAUGAUAUAAAUAAUAAGGAUAAUAAAUAAAACCUUUUCAUAGAGAUGGAAGUCACUGAACCUACACCUGAAGCUUUACAAAGAAAAUUGUAUUUCUUACUUGAACAAUUACAAGAUAUGGCACGAGAAUUACCACCGAAAUACCAAAUGAGAGUCCCCAUAGAAUUACUAUCUGGUUUAGCAAACUGCCUACUCAAUGAUACUAUAUUUGAAAUUGUAAAGGGAUUAAUGGAAAUUCAACAUGUCACUGAAAAACAUCUUUUCCAGCAAAGGUUACAAAUAAUUAACAAUCAUACAAUGGAAAUACAAGAAAUGAUGAAAAAUACCGUCCCUGAGCAACAAGAAGUACAGAAAACUAAUUUAUUAAGAAGACACAAGGAAGAACUAAAACAAACCGAUAUGAAAUUAGUUCUUCAGUUGGAUCAAAAGGUUAGUGACCAGCAAGAUACAUUGGAAAAAGCAGGUGUACCAGGUUUUUUUGUAACAAGCAAACCAAUUGAAGUGAAGGUACAAAUGUAUCUACUUGACUUUAUAUUGAGAUUAAGUAAAAUGGAUAUUCCGCAAUGAAAUAAAUAAUUAUUUUAUAAUUUGA